GGGAAGGCAACGACAACGCAAUGCAGAAAGACCUCCGAAACUCCCAUCUUUCUCCUCUUUCCGUUCCGCUCCUACCAGAAAGAAUUUAGGAAGGUAACCCUCGUUUUCCUCCACCCCAAACCCUUCUCGCGCGCUUUAACUCGUCCAAAUCCCGUAAAUCCGUCUUCCAACGGGAUUUACCAUAUCCUAGAUUCAAUGCAAAGCGGUUGAAAAACGGGAUUUAAGAACCUGUAGGAUUUACGAAUGCGUUUUUGGCCAUCUUAAAACCGGCCACCGUACAGCCCAUGGUUCGAUUCUUCAGUGAAAAAAAGACCGAGCAUUUGGUUGUUUUUUAAUCAGUUGCCAAUUGGCUGGAAAGGCUUGUUUUGGUUAAACCCAGUCUUUUGCCCGAUUCUGCAACGAGAAAGCUUUGGGAUGGAGUUGAUCGUGGCAUCCUCCUCGGUUGAUACUGGUAUUGGAUGUUGGGACCUCGUUUCGGGGGCUGAGCAGCUACGCUAUCGAUCAUGCGCCUCACCUCCUCAUGGAUUAGUCUCAGUCUCCAAGCGGUUCCUUGCCUCUUCACAACUCCGUGAAAGCCCUUCUUCAUCAUCGGCUCCGAUUUUUUUCUGGUCUUCGGAAAAGCCACAGGUCCAAGUUAGAAGCUUCCCGGCCGAGCCUAUUGGUCCUCUGAUUUCUGAUUCUGAUGGCUCCUACAUUAUUGGCGGGGGUACAUCUGGUGCUAUUUUUAUAUGGGAGGUAGCGAGUGGCAAGCUCCUCAACAAGCUUAUUGCACACUAUAGAUCUGUCACUUGCCUGACUCUAUCUGAGGAUGAGUCGCUACUGAUUUCUGGGUCUGAGGAUGGAAACGUCAGAGUUUGGCCUCUCUUAAUGAUUUUUGAUGAUGCGAUGAAGGAGUCCGGUGAGAAUAUUUAUAUACACAGUUUUUCAGAGCAUGCUUUACGUGUAACGUCAAUUAUUUCAGGCCACGGAUUGUGCAAUUCAAUUGUUAUAUCAUCCUCAGAGGAUCGUACUUGUAAGGUUUGGAGUUUAUCAUUGGGAAGGUUGCUUAGAAGCAUUACAUUUCCUUCCAUAAUUGAUGCAGUUGCAAUGGAUCCGGGGGAGCAUAUAUUUUAUGCUGGUUGUAGAGAUGGCAAAAUAUAUAUUGCCACACUUAAUGCUGAGUGGAAUCAUACUGGAAAUUAUGGAAAAUUUAUUAUAGAUUCACUAUCUGAUAACGGUAAGGCCAUUACUUGUUUAGCAUUUAGCAUGGAUGGUGUCACCCUUGUGUCUGGAUCAGAGGAUGGUAUAAUCCGAGUUUGGAAUACUAGAAAUGGACAAAUGACUCGAUUUUUGAAACACGCCAAAGCCCCUAUCAGUAACAUUCUUAUUAUCAGGCAACCAACUAAAAUUUCUCAAGUGUCCUUAUCUAGAAAGCAAGAGAAAUUGCUAAUGGCACAGCCUUUGGAUAAAUAUAUAGACUCCAGAGAAGAUGAAGUUGAGAGCAAAGUGGUUAAAAUAUUUCAACAUAAUUCUAAUGACUCAGAUAAGAACUGUUACUGUGCUGCCCAUGUCUUGAGCAGUCAACUUAAAGAGCUUCAGCAAAAUGCUUCUUCUGGAGCUGCACAAAUGGAGUUGGAAAGGUUGAGAGGACAAUGUCAGAGAUCAGUGCAAAUGGCCCAGCAGUGGAAAAAUUUAUAUAAAGCCCUUCAGACUACCGUUGUUAAGGAGCUUCUUAGUGGAGUUAACGCUGGUAGCAGCUAAUGCAACUCAGGCAAUUAUUUUUCCUUCAAAAAAUUUUGCUUUAGGCUUCUUGAAAUAGUUCUUUAUUGCUGUUGUGGUAGAAAAAUAGGGAAACAGAUGGCAGUUUGUUUUGAUGGCGUUUAUGUUAGAAAUUUUAUUGACAGAAUUUGAUUUGAGAAAAUAAUUUUAAAUAGCAAAAGAAGAAACUC